AUGCAAUCUCUUCGAAUAGUACCUAGCGAAUUUCCACCACCCAGCAAGUCUGACGUUUCAACAUUAAGUAAAUUUGGUGUGCAUGAUACAUUCAGACAUGGAUUAAGUUCCGAGAGCCACGGGUCAGCCCGGCAUCCGUUAGAGAACAGAUUAGCGAGAUGGGAGGAGACUCAGACUAAUCUUAAACUGACAUUCGAGAGAAGAAUUUAUGGCUUGCAUGCUCCUAUGAGACGUAUGAUGGAGAAGAAGAUUGUUUCGAACUUGCAUCGGUUUUCCGGCAUGCCAAACUCCAAUUUGGGAUUGGAAAUCUUGUCUGGCAAAGAUGAAACGCUCGAUAUGGAUGAUUAUUUGAACACUCCAGAGAUGUCGACACAGAUGGUAGAUUUCCAUACAUUUAUGGAAGCUAAAAUGGGAAUCAAGCUCUAA